CCGACCCCAAUAAUACUUCAUCCACCUCACCGACCUGGUUAUGAAACACCGGGGCACCGGGCUGUCGGGCAAAACGGAUUCCUGUUGGGGCUCCCGCCCUUGCAAAACCAUAUUCGUUUUUAUCAACUGAAAUCGGGGUGUUUUAGGAUACAAUUGUAAUUAUUUCCAGAAAUCAGCGCGGGCAUUUUUAAAUUUUCCUUCCAUUUCCAACCGUGCCGGGAAAACAAACAAAUACGCAGGAGCCCAUGGCCGGAGUCCAGUAGUCGGAGAAUUAGUUUUUCGACAAGUUAUCGCCGGGGAAAUUGGAUACGGGAGGAUUCAAUUAACUGCUGAAUUUCUGCUCGCUCUCUGUCUCUCUCUCUAUCGCUUUUCGUUAUAUUUGGGGCCACGCUAACGAUCAAAUCAGAAAAUCCAAAAUGUUUCCGGAAAAUGGAUGCAUGGAAACCCUAAUCCAGAAUGAAAGCAUAUCAGAUGAUGAUGAAGUGGAUCAUUAUGUUGUAUACAACCACAACUAUUUUGACCAACUUAAAGGCAUAUAUCAACGGAAUAAAAAGGCACCCAAAGCUACAGGAGAUGAGAUAAAUGAAGGCCUGAAGAUAUCACAAAAUGGGGUUCAUGAACCUGAUUUUGCAGAACGAAAGACCAUAUCAUCAGUGGAGGUGCAUGAUUCAGAUGCUUCCCUUGUUGGAGGUCAAGUUUGGAGGCAUGAAUUUAUAAAUGAAAAGAGCGAAGUACUUCAGAUGUAUCAAAACAAGGAACUUAUUGGGUCCUCUGAUAAGCACAGUAUCAUUGAUGGGGCACGAAACUUGGGCACUUGCUCUCUUGGAGGGCAUAUUCAAACUCAUGAAACUUUAAAAGAGAACAGUGGAUUUGAUUCAGAAGAAGAUUUGAAUGAUCCUUUCGAGGAAGAAACUAUUUCAGAUGAGGAGAAUGGUAUGCUCUCUGAUUAUCCGUUAAUCAAUGGAACUUCUGAACUUCAAGGACACUUCAAAAAUUGUCAGAAUGAGAAUCAAGUGGAUCAAUAUCAAUCGUCUCAGUGGGAUAUGAUUUUUAAGGAAGCCGAGCAACUUGCAGCUCUACAUAACAGGUCCAGCUGUUCCUCGUCCCUUGCCAACCAUCCUGAAGUGGAAAAGUCCCGGAAAGGUGGCAGAGGAAAAUCCAGAUUCAAGUUCUCUAUUCGUCCACAGUUAUAUACAAAGGCAGUUUCAUGGCCAUCAGUUCCAAGGGAUGACCGUUUGUGUGGGCUUUCUGAAGGGCUAGCUGAGUUAGAGGAUUAUGGGCAUACAAGAACACAACAAUCUAUAGCAAAACAGCUGCAGUAUCUUCAUGAAAAAAAUGAUUCACCAAAUUGGCCUUCUAACACAGUAAGUAAAGGAAAGGGGAAGAAAAAAUUAUUUACCGGGAAAGAAACCUUAUCUUCAUUCGCUUACAGAUGUAUUGACAAUGAAGACACCUGUGAGCCUUUGGACAACGUGGUGUCAACUGAUGAUGAGGAAAGCAACCAAAACGAUUCAAAAUUUGCGAGUGUGUUGGUCCAAGAGAGAACAAUGGCGGACUGCUUUCAGGAAGCCUUCAAUGUCAGUCCAGAGAUUGUUGGCGGUUCUGUCUUUCCUAUAAACAAACAGAAAAGUUUUGGAUAUUUUGGGAGGUUGCAGCAGAUCAUAAGAAAUGAGAAGGAUAAGCAUUUGGAUUUCUUGAAGCUGUCACAAGCAAAAACAAAUUCUCAUGAUGAAACUAGAUUUGCUGAUGUGCGAAUAUUGUCAAGAUGCUUAGAAGCAAAAUUGACGGUUUGUCAUUGUUCAUUUGGAAAUAAAGCAGAGAGCUGUCAGGGCAUUAAGAGCUCACAAAACAUAGAAGAUGUCGGAGAAAGCUUUGGGACUGUUAUUUUUAGUUCAAGGAUCUGCAUGGAUGUAGAAAUAGAAAUUGGAAAGUUGAUUCGUAUUCAUCCACCAUGGAAAGAGGUAUCAAUUGCUGAGAAUGAGAAGAUUGUUCUAUGUACAUAUUUCUCCACUGUUUCAACAUGAUAUGAGCUUUUUUCACCCGGGAAGAGGGUCACUUCAUUUUUCCUCCUCAAGAACUCAUAUUCAGGGGAUUCAUUUUACGAUCUUCUUUGCCGGAUCCAAGAGAAUGUGCGUGGGGAAUUUGUGGUGAAACAAAGCAGUCUGCCCUUAGGUUGACCAAAUAUUCUUGCUUUUCUUUUGCUACUUGAAAGGAAAGUACACAGUGGUAGAAGGAGAUCACAAUCACCUUUGGCUGGCUGGUGGAUGUGGAAACGAGUUGGGGGUGUGCAACUUGGCUCAAAGUUCAAUAGAAAUUUUUUUAAAUUUGUUGACAAAUCCCGAGCAAAAGGCUUUAUAGCAAUCGGCUUUAUAUCUAAUGGACAUGAGUGAUUGUGAUUUCUUUACAUCAAAAGUAAGUAUUCUUAGAGUGUACAAUCCCUUUAUUAAAACUAGUUGCAAAAUUAGAUGAACCGAAUGGUUUAGACAUAUU